GUGAUGACAAAGAAACCGUUCUGUACUCGGAUUUGAAACCUAAGAGACGAUAUUGUUUUACAAACAGAGUGAGAAAUGGGGAGAAAGAAGAUACAGAUUUCCCGGAUUGUUGACCAGCGGAAUCGACAGGUGACCUUCACUAAGAGGAAGUUUGGCCUGAUGAAGAAAGCGUAUGAACUGAGUGUGCUGUGUGAUUGUGAGAUCGCGCUCAUUAUCUUCAACAGCACCAACCGCCUCUUCCAGUACGCCAGCACAGAUAUGGACCGAGUGCUACUCAAGUACACAGAGUACAGUGAGCCACACGAAAGUCGCACUAACUCGGACAUCCUUGAGACGCUGAGAAAAAAGGGUUUAAAUGGAUGUGAGAGUCCAGACCUGGAGAUUGAUGAUUCCGUUGAACCAAGCCUGGAGGUAACAGACAAAUACCGAAAAUAUGAAGCAGGGAAUCACCUGAACAACAGACCAAGGGUUUGUGCAGGUACUCUGUCUAACCAUGAAGUGUCCAUUGUGGCUGCCACACAGAGUGCUGCCAAUUUGGCCUAUAGCAACCCCACUGGCUCCAUCCUAAAUCGAGGACCGUUGCCACAACCAGUUGUAUCUCGGAGUGCUCCUUCAUCAGGGUUGACAUCGCAGGUGUCUACAAUUUCUCAUUCAGGUGCUGGUUACUUGAAUGCCCACAUCUCACCAGGGAUGCUGGUCUCCCCUGGUAACCUCAACAGAACUAUGGCAACAAGGUCCCCAACGCCUGUGAAUCUUGGUCCUGACAAUCGCAGAAGUGAAAUGCAUGCAGUCUCAUCUGGCUCCAGGAACAUGGUCGCUUCACUGAGAACGAAUACAUCAGCUCUACAGCCCACCUCACCCAUGGUUACCAUGGCAACCCCCAGUCUAUCUGGCCAUGGAUUAGCGAAUUAUUCUUCCACGCUGACUGGUUACACACUUAACGACAACGCCUCUGUCUCUGCGUAUAACUCACCGGGUGGUGCCCAUCAGGACCAGACUGCUAUUUGGCCUCUGCGGCAACACCAACACCACCAUCCGCACCAGGCUGACCUUCAAUCUUCAGCACACCCCCACCUGGGGGUUAUUGGCAACUCCCACCUGAACCAGAGCUCCAACCUGGCCUUGCCCACCUUUCAAGCAGUCAGCAUCAAAUCGGAACGCGCCUCCCCCCACAGCGAUGGUGGAGGGGGCGGGGGUGGCGCCAGUGGUAUGUUCCAGCACCACGAGGGACGCUUGGGGCUCAGUGGGCUGGACAGCCCCUGUGAAGAGCCCAAGGAUUACGCCAAGAGCUACCAGUGCCCCAUUGUGCUGACCAGGCCUCCGGCCAGAGACGAGGACAACCUCGGGGCCAAGCGAAUGCGCCUUGUGGACGGCUGGCAGAGAUGACUCCCCAUGGUUGCGCCGCUUUAAUGAAAAACUGAUGGAGGCAGCUCCUGGAUCUUGCUUUUGUAUUUUUUCUUUUGCAGUUAUUCCUGCGUUCUUAAUCACAGGGGCCAGGAAUUAAUUCACGUCGAAUCUGUUAACCCUUUGAAAACCACUUAUCACCUUGUGUGGGGAGGGGGGGUGCUAGAGGAGCAGGAAAAUGGCUUUGUUCCUCCCCUUACCCUCCCCUACUUCUCUCUCCCCAGAGUCCAGGCUGGUUUGAAGCCUUCACUCAGGUUUCUGUAAUUCUGUUCCUGUCCACACGUGGAUUUUUUUUUUUAUUCCUUCUCCCGCCCUUCCUCUUUAGAUUCUGCAGGAGGUCGGGAUAAAUCUGUGCCCUGCACCUUCCUCCCAGUUGUUUCCUUUUGAUCCAUGAAAAGUUCUGAGCUCAGUCCCUGGCUGAAGGAGGGAGGGAGACCCGGACUGGACAGGAUAGGCCAAGCACUGAGUGUGUGUGGUUAGCCUGGAUGCUAGGCACCUUGCUUUGCACAGCCAAAGUGAUCACCCUUCACAUGUGUAAUGGCAGGCUGUUUGACCUCCCAAUCCUCUUUUUCCUUCUUUCAUGGGAUGUGGGUGUCGCUGACUGGGCCAGCAUUUAUUGCCCAUCCCUAGUUGCCCCUUGAGAAG